AUGGAAUAUGGAAUAGUUGGUUUUGUACUAAAUUUAAUUUCACUUAUUCAUGGUUCAUUUGCAAUUAUGAUUUCGGUUAUUAUCAUCGGUAUUAUUAUCUAUCAUCAAUAUCAUAAUCGUUUAAGACGAGAAGAGAAAAUAACUCUUAUUCUCUCUGCUAAUAUCUAUUUCUAUAUGAAUAUCUAUGUAGCGGUAUUAGUUUCAGGCAAUAUUUAUACAUUAUUAGGUGAUAUAUACGAGAAAAAUUUUGAUUCAUCAUGGUGUGCAUUUAGAGGAUACCUUGUUCCUGUCUCAUGUUGUGCUCUACUUCUUGCUUUCGCUAUUCAGGCUUUCUUUCGUCUUUGUCGUAUUGUGUAUGCAAAUGGUAGAUGGGUUCAAUUUUUUUGGUUUUAUGUCAUUGCAAUACCUGUUCAAUUAGUAGGAGCUCUUAUUGUUUUAUGUCCUCUUUUGAUCUGGCAUGAUGUUAUAUAUUUACCUAAUGAAUAUUAUUGUUUUACUGCAUUCACAAAAACUCGUGGUAUUAUUUGGACUCUACUUAUGGGUUAUGCAUUACCUCUCUUACUUUUAUCUCUGAUAUAUCUUCGUAUUACAAUAUUUAUUCGUCAACAACCCCAUAACCAAACAUUGAUGGUAAAGCAACGACAACAACGAGAUUUGGCCGCUAUUCAACGAAUUUUUAUUAAUGUUGGUCUAUUGGUUGUUCUUGGAAUUCCUGGUGUAACUCUUAUAAUAAUGUGCUUCAUCACUGGCAUUGAACAUCCAUUAAGCUAUCGUAUUACGUGGGUUGGACCCGAAAUAGCUAUGGCAAUACUAAGUAUACAAAUGGUAUUUAUGACACCCCAAUUGAAAAAUCUUAUUAUAAGACGACGACGACGACAAAAUCAUGUGACUACCUUGAAUGGUUCAGUUCCAAUGAGGGCCAUUGCCACUAAUUAA